AUGGAGAGGGAGAAUAACACAGUGGUGACAGAAUUCAUCCUCCUCGGUCUGACCCAGUCUCAACAGGCUCAACUCCUAGUCUUUGUGUUAGUCUUAGUUUUCUACCUCAUCAUCCUCCCCGGAAAUUUCCUCAUCAUCCUCACCAUCAGAUCAGACCCUGGCCUUACAGCCCCACUCUACUUCUUUCUGGGCAAUUUGGCUUUCCUUGAUGCAUCCUAUUCCUUCAUUGUAGCUCCGAGGAUGCUGGUGGACUUCCUCUCUGAGAAGAAAAUAAUCUCCUACAGAGGCUGCAUCACUCAGCUCUUUUUCUUGCACUUUCUGGGAGCGGGGGAGAUGUUCCUUCUUGUUGUGAUGGCCUUUGACCGCUACAUUGCCAUCUGUCAUCCUUUGCACUAUUCCACGGUCAUGAACCCUAGAGUCUGCUAUGCCUUGUUGUUGGCUCUGUGGCUUGGGGGCUUCACUCAUUCCAUUGUACAAGUAGCCCUUAUUCUCCACUUGCCCUUCUGUGGUCCAAACAAACUGGAUAACUUCUUCUGUGAUGUGCCACAAGUCAUCAAGCUGGCCUGCACAGACACUUUUGUGGUGGAGCUCCUGAUGGUCUCCAACAGUGGCCUACUCACGCUUCUGUGCUUCCUGGGACUUCUGACGUCCUAUGCAGUCAUCCUCUGCCGUGUGCAGGGACAUUCCUCUGAGGGCAAGAAUAAGGCUCUUUCCACAUGUACCACACACAUUAUCAUUGUGUUUCUGAUGUUUGGACCUGCCAUCUUCAUCUAUACUCGCCCAUUCAGAGCCUUCCCAGCUGACAAAGUGGUUUCUCUCUUUCACACGGUCAUCUUUCCUUUGAUGAACCCUGUGAUUUAUACCCUUCGCAACCAGGAAGUGAAAGCUUCCAUGAAGAAGUUACUGAAUCGUCACAUGGCUUGCUGA